GCCAGACUCCGCUCAGGGCCCCAGGGCUGGCCCUGGGGCGGGAGGGGAGGGGUGGGCCUGGAAGGUGGAGCGGGCUUGGCUUGCAUUGGCUGCCUUUUCCAAGACAGCAGUGCCCAUGCUUGCCCAGCGGGCCCGAGCAGAGUGAGCCCGAGUCUCCUGGAGGAAUGGCUGGAAAAGCCCGCACCUGGGGGACCCUCCCUCCCGGCCCCUCCACGGCAGGCCGCCUCUGGGAGACGCUGGGGGCCGCAGAGGAGUGAGUGGCGGGGAGCAGUGCACCGGCUCACCAGCACCGGGUGGAGAGCAGCAGGCGAGGAUGGAGGCGGUGGACAGCCUCCUCGUGAAUGGGAGCAACAUCACUCCGCCCUGCGAACUGGCCAUCGAGAACGACACGCUCUUCUGCCUGGACCGGCCCCAUCCGCCCAAAGAGUGGCAGCCGGCCGUGCAGAUCCUCCUGUACUCCCUGAUCUUCCUGCUCAGCGUGCUGGGGAACACCCUGGUCAUCACCGUGCUGAUCCGCAACAAGCGGAUGAGGACCGUCACCAACAUCUUCCUGCUGUCGCUGGCCGUCAGCGACCUCAUGCUCUGCCUCUUCUGCAUGCCUUUCAACCUCAUCCCCAACCUGCUCAAGGACUUCAUCUUCGGCAGCGCCGUCUGCAAGACCACCGCCUACUUCAUGGGCACGUCUGUGAGUGUAUCCACUUUCAACCUGGUCGCCAUCUCUCUGGAGAGGUACCGUGCGAUCUGCAAACCCCUGCAGUCCCGGGUCUGGCAGACGAAAUCCCACGCUCUGAAGGUGAUCGCUGCCACCUGGUGCCUCUCCUUCACCAUCAUGACUCCGUACCCGGUUUAUAGCAACUUGGUGCCUUUUACCAAAAACAACAACCAGACGGCGAACAUGUGCCGCUUCCUGCUGCCAAGCGACGUGAUGCAGCAGUUCUGGCACACGUUCCUGUUGCUCAUCCUCUUUCUGAUUCCUGGAAUUGUGAUGAUGGUGGCAUAUGGAUUAAUCUCUUUGGAACUCUACCAAGGAAUAAAAUUUGAUGCUAGCCAGAAGAAGUCUGCUCGAGAGAGGAAGGCGAGCACGGGCAGCGGCGGCGGGAGGUACGAGGACAGCGACGGCUGCUACCUGCAGCGGCCUCAGCCCCGCCGGCAGCUGGAGCUGCAGCGCCUGUCCAUCGCCAGCGGCCGCGGGGCCAGCCGCAUCCGCAGCAGCAGCUCCGCCACCAACCUGCUGGCCAAGAAGCGGGUGAUCCGCAUGCUCAUGGUCAUCGUGGCGCUCUUCUUCCUGUGCUGGAUGCCCAUCUUCAGUGCCAACGCCUGGCGCGCCUUCGACCCCGCCUCGGCCGAGCGCCAGCUCUCCGGGACGCCCAUCUCCUUCAUCCUCCUGCUGAGCUACACGUCCUCCUGCGUCAACCCCAUCAUCUACUGCUUCAUGAACAAGCGCUUCCGCCUGGGCUUCCUGGCCACCUUCCCCUGCUGCCCGCACCCCGGGCCCCCGGGGCCGCGGGGAGAGCCGGGGGAGGAGGAGGGCAUGACCAUGGGGGCGUCUCUGUCCAGGUACUCCUACAGCCACAUGGGGGGCAAUGCCCCCUGAGGGUGGAGGCAGCAGGGGUGCUGGGGAAGGGAGAGGAGGAGAAAGCAGGGAUGAAAAGGGGGAGAAGAGAGGCUCCCUUCCAGGGGGAACUCGCCAUGGCUGCUCUUCCUCCUCCCUCCUGGUUGGGGACGGGCCCUGGCUUGUUUUCCUGAGUUCGAGGCAUUUUCCCUAACAUCCUCCGCAGGAAACCUCAGCAGGCGGGGCACUGAGUCCAGCAGGGUUCAUGCUGCCAACGUGAUUGCCCAGCACAGGUUCCACCUGGGGGAGAGGAGGUGCAGGGACAGGGGCCCUCCUGAGCUUUAGAAGGUUCUAGGCCAUCGAGGGUGGGCUCUCCCUCCUGGCGACACACUUCUGG